CAGCUAAAAUUUUGCACAAGAGGCAUUUUACAACACACACAUCGAGAUGCAGCACCAACACUCACAACCACCACUGUAUUCCGCCGGAAACCCCAUCUCUUCUCCGCCGGAUUCGCAAGAUUCUACGACGGACGCUCCUCCGAAACAAGUAGCCUUAGCUAUGGAUCGUUUGGCCCAUGCUGCUCGACUCAUUGCCGACAUUAGACUCGGUGCCGAUCGCCUUCUGGAAGCCCUAUUUAUUGCCGGACAGCAUCCUCAACAGUCAAGCACCGGUAAACCCGUGCAUUUGAUUCUUCAAGAAGGAGCUUCUAUGCGUCAGUACCUUCAAGAUCUUCGAACUAUUGGAAGACAAUUGGAAGAUUCUGGAGUUCUGAAUGAAUCACUUAAGUCAAGAAGUAAUUCUUGGGGUCUUCACAUGCCUUUAGUUUGUCCUGAUGGUGCUGUUGUUGCAUAUGCAUGGAAGCGACAACUUGCUGGUCAGGCUGGAGCAUCUGCUGUUGAUAGAACCAGGUUGGCUCUCAAGGCAUUUACUGAUCAAAAGCGACGUUUUUUCCCUCACCUGGAUGAUGAUUCAGUAGACGAGUCAGUUGCUAAAAAGCCCCGUGGGUCCCACUCCACAACGAUGAGUCAGCAAGAAGAAGAAGAGUUGAGUGAGUUGAGAAUGAGAAGUGUGUCAGAUGUUCUAACACAACUUGAAAAACAAAUCCCAGAAGUCAAAACUUCAACUUACCAAAGAUUAGAUUGGUCAAAAAGAGCUUCAUUACUCCCUAAUGACACUUCAGACGAAUCACAAAACACUCACAGCUUUCACAUUAGGCCAGGAUCAGGUGCAGGUGGUGCACCGGAUGCUGACCAGAUUGCUGUAAUUGAGGUUUUACUCCCUUCGGUUUUUAGAGCAGUAAUUUCUUUGCAUCCAAUUGGCUCCCUUAAUCCUGAUGCAGUAGCCUUCUUUUCACCUGAUGAGGGUGGGAGCUAUGUACAUGCACGUGGGGUUUCAGGUUUUCACAUCUUCAGGAACAUCACGGAACAUGCUGCCAUGGCUCCACAGCAUUUUAUUGGUGUGAAUGCUGACAUGGCACUCUAUUCUCUACUGCAUUGGAUAUGCAGCUAUGAAAGUCUAUUCACGAAAGUAUGCAGUAAAUGUGGGAAAUUACUGUCGAUGGAUAAAGAAUCGGCUUUGUUAUUACCUCCUGUUCAAAGGCCUUAUCGGAAUUUUAGUGCGAGUAAAGAGAAAUUGUCAAGUAAGAAUGAGAAGGUGAAUGAUAUAUCAGCAUAUCACAUUGGUUGUUUCCCUCAAGAAGCAUAAUAGAGCUUAUAACACUUUUUAACUUUCAUUUUUAUUUUUAACUUAAUUUAUAUUUGUAGAUAAUUAAUUUCUGACUUAAAAUUUUUAAACAACAAAUGGUGGUGAGAGUAAACAAGGAUGU